UUCACUUACGCAACAUUGAAAUGAAAAGUGAAAAGAGCAGCAACUAAAUACCCCCAAACAUUUAACAACUUUUUCUUCUUCAUCUUCAUCUUCAUCUUCUACACUCCACGCUUCGCUGUCUCGAUUGCUUUUACUUGCAUUCCACAAACACAUGGCUGCCGCUGCCGCCGCCUCCUUCACUCUUCCUUUCCGCCCCUUUACGCCGCCAAAACACCGCCGACAGCCCCACUUGCUUGCGGCGCAUCUAAAUCAUUACUCGCGCUUUCGCGUUUCAUCGCUAGCCUCACCGCGUGUACUAGCUCGUUGCCAGAACCCGAAGCGGUUAGUCAUAUCCUCCGCUUAUGCCGGCCCCGCUAUUGACGCUUUUGUAUCCGAAAACGAGCUUAAAUUCGAAGAUUCCGGCGAUAAUUUUGUUGCCCAGCCGAUUGAAGUCAUCAAUUGGGGAUUAUUAUGGAAGCUUCUGUCUGACCACAAGCUGCAGCUUGCCGCUUCUGUUCUCACCCUCGUUGGCUGCACUACCUGCACUCUCACUAUGCCUCUACUCUCUGGGCGAUUUUUUGAAGUACUUAUAGGGGCGAGACCUGAGCCUCUGUGGAAAGUUCUCGGUAGAGUGGCUGUUAUGUACUCAUUGGAGCCAAUUUUCACUGUGAUUUUUGUUGUAAACAUGAAUGCCAUGUGGGAAAAGGUUAUGUCCAGUUUAAGAGCGCAAAUAUUUCAAAGAGUAUUGAUUCAGAAGGUUGAGUUCUUUGACCGCUACAAGGUUGGUGAACUAACAGCAUUAUUGACAUCUGAUUUGGGCUCAUUGAAGAAUAUCGUGAGUGAAAAUGUUUCCAGGGAUCGUGGUUUUAGGGCAUUGUCUGAGAUUAUUGGAACACUGUGUUUAUUGUUUGCCCUAUCUCCCCAACUGGCACCAAUUUUGGGCGUACUGAUGCUUAGUGUGUCAGUUUUAGUUGCUCUAUACAAGAGGUCAACCGUGAAAGUUUUCAAAUCUCAUGGUUUGGUCCAAGCUUCAAUUGCUGAUUGUGUAACUGAGACAUUGUCUGCCAUUCGCACUGUACGAUCAUUUGGUGGAGAAAAGCGUCAAAUGUCAGUCUUUGCACGGCAGGUUCUUGAGUAUGAGGACAGUGGCAUAAAGCUUGGGAUUUUCAAAUCUGUAAAUGAGUCUGUAACUAGGGUUGCAGUUUAUGUCUCUUUGAUGGCCUUAUAUUGUCUUGGGGGGAGCAAAGUAAAAGCUGGCGAACUAUCCGUGGGAACUGUGGCUUCUUUUAUUGGAUACACGUUUACCUUGACUUUUGCAGUUCAAGGGCUUGUCAAUACCUUUGGAGAUCUUCGUGUGGCUUUUGCCUCUGUGGAUAGAAUCAAUUCUGUGUUGUCUGGAGCUGAAAUUGAUGAAGCCCUUGCUUAUGCCUUACACAAGGACAUGAAACAGAAGAAUGCACAUGAUAAAAAUUUUAGUCUAUUUGUGGUUAAUGGUUCUGAUGGCAUGCGGUCUACAAAUUUGGGAUACAUGUCAUCCUUGAAAUCUGGUAGUAGUGUGCGAAGCCUUGCACAGUCUGGCGAUAUUUGUCUUGAAGAUGUACAUUUUUCUUAUCCAGUGAGGCCUGAUGUAGAAAUCCUUAGUGGUCUGAAUUUGACCCUAAAAUGUGGGACAGUUACUGCCCUAGUGGGCCCCAGUGGCGCUGGGAAAAGUACUGUAGUACAGCUACUAGCACGGUUCUAUGAGCCAACCAAGGGUCGCAUUACUGUUGCAGGAGAAGAUUUGCGAACAUUUGAUAAGAGUGAAUGGGCACGUGCUGUGUCUCUAGUGAAUCAAGAACCUGUUCUUUUCUCGGUAUCUGUUGGGGAGAAUAUUGCAUAUGGCCUCCCAGAUAAGGAUGUAUCCAAGGAUGAUGUGAUAAAGGCAGCAAAAGCUGCAAAUGCUCAUGAAUUCAUAGUUUCAUUGCCACAGGGUUACGAUACAUUGGUUGGUGAGCGUGGGGGAUUGUUAAGUGGUGGACAGAGGCAGAGGAUUGCCAUUGCCAGAGCUUUGCUCAAGGAUGCCCCAAUCCUAAUUCUUGAUGAGGCCACUAGUGCAUUGGAUACUGUUAGUGAGCGUCUAGUCCAGGAUGCGUUGAACCAUUUAAUGAAGGGAAGGACAACAUUAGUGAUUGCUCAUAGAUUGAGCACUGUUCAGAAUGCAGAUGAGAUUGCUGUUUGUUCUGAUGGAAAGAUUGCAGAGCUGGGGACACAUUUUGAGUUGUUGGAAAGCAAGGGUCAAUAUGCUUCUCUCGUCGCCUCUCAGAGACUUGCUUUCGAGUGAUUUUUUUUUUUUUUUAAUAAUCGCAUAAUUUUUGUCUGUCAUUUGUGCACGUGUCGCAUAUCAUAUCUGACAAGUUAACUUAUAUAACUGCACUUAUAGAUUAAAUAUAACAUGCUGAAGAAAAAACAAAACAACAUUCGACA